AUGACCGUAUCAACUAGGAGUUAUAAGCGUCCAAGAAGGACGCCAAAACAGCAACAAGAUCAUGAAACUGCUGCAAUGAACAAAUUGUCACACGUAGAAUUAUCAGAAGAACAGGCAAAGCUAAGAAACAAUAUAUUACACUUUAUUGAAGAACAUUUAUCGAAUUAUGGGGUUGAUUCAGGUCCUGCAAUGUUCGUAAUUCAAGGUGAUGCAGGUACUGGGAAAUCUGUUGUCUUAAAUUCUUUGUUCAAUGAGAUACAAAGAUUGUCAAAAUUUAAUACCGGUCCAGAAUUCGAAGUCUUACAAGGUACUCAAAAUUUUCUGAUUGUAAAUCAUCCCGAAAUGCUCAAAUUGUACGUUAGAAUUUGUAAAAAUUUCAAUCACAUAGCAAGGUCAUCAUUGGAAAGACCGACUUCUUUAAUAAACAAUUUAACGAAAAAUAAGAAAAUGGCCGACGUAGUUAUAAUUGAUGAGGCACAUCUAUUAGCCUCAUCAAAGGAUGGCUUCAAGAGAUUCAUGGGGGAUAAUCACUUAGAAGAAUUGAUGUCCUUGGCAAAGAUCCUAAUCAUCGUUUAUGAUGAAAAGCAAGCUUUGAGAACCGGUUGCUAUUGGGAUGAAGAUUCUUCAAAUGGUGCAAGUUUAAUCUCUUACUAUGAUCAAGUACCUCUUGAUAAAAAAAAUUGGUAUACUUUGAAACAACAAUUCAGAGUUGCAGCUCCGGACGAUGUGUUACUGUGGAUCAAUGAAAUUAGCACUUCUGGUAAAAUCCCAAAAUUCCCCAAGAGCAUGCUCAAAGCUAAUAAGUCUAAUAAGAGUUUCGAUUUCAAAUUAUGGGAAGACUGCGGAGAAAUGUACGAGGAACUGAAGUUGAAAAAUGAAACACAUGGCCAGUGCAGAAUGCUAUGCACCUAUGAUUUCCCCUACAGGUUAGAUGGCAAGGAUUAUUUUGUAACAUGUGGCGAUAAUUUCAAGCUUAGAUGGGAUCGUUAUGCCCCUCGUGAAUUAAUGCCCUGGAGUGAAAGAGCUGACACAAUUGAUGAAGUGGGCAGUGUAUAUACCAUUCAGGGAUUUGACUUAAACUAUGCUGGUGUUAUUCUAGGUAGGUCCAUCGGGUAUGACCCAAUCAACGAUUGUAUACAAUUGAAACCUGAACUAUAUGACGAUCAUGCAGGUUUUGUAAGAAAGAAAAAUAUCCAAGACCCGCAUAGUGUCAGAAGUAAGAUUAUUAUGAACAGUUUAAAUGUUCUAUUAACAAGAGGUGUGAAAGGCCUAUAUGUUUAUGCAUAUGAUUCUAAAUUAAGGGAAAGACUUUCAAAGUCCCGACUAGAGUAA